AUGCCGACGGGGCAUGAUGAUGCAGCCGAUGACACCCAGAACCAGGGGACCAGGGACCACCUAAUCUUCUUCGUGAAUGGAGCUAAGCAGGUGGUCAAAGACGCCCAGCCUCAGACAACAUUGCUACAACAUCUCCGGGCGGUCGGCCUGACCGGGACCAAGCUUGGAUGUGGGGAGGGUGGGUGCGGGGCAUGCACGGUGAUGGUGUCUUCCUUCGACGCGGAAAAGAAGCAGAUCAAGCACGCCGCUGUCAAUGCCUGCCUGGCGCCCGUGUGCUCUGUGGACUGGUGCCAUGUGACCACGGUGGAGGGCGUGGGCACGAUGUGUCAAGGGCUGCACCCGGUCCAGAAGCGGAUCGCCGAGAUGCACGGCAGCCAAUGUGGCUUCUGUACCCCAGGAAUCGUCAUGGCGCUGUAUGCCCUCCUUCGCUCUAACCCUUCGGCCACCGCUGCGGAGAUCGAGGAUGGAUUGGACGGAAAUCUCUGCCGUUGCACAGGCUAUCGGCCUAUUCUGGACGCCGCCAAAAGCCUCGGCGUGGACGCCGGAAGGCCUGCCGGGUGCUGCCGUGGCGGUAGCGGCGGGUGCCCUUGCUUGGAGUCCAAGGCGAUGACAGCGGCCGCGAGCGCUUCCGAGAACGAAAACGACAAUGAUACCACUACUGUCGUCGACGACCACGAUAAAGAACAAGUUCUCUCGGAGACGUCCUCCAUUCUGUCCACCGCAGCCACCGAUGGAUUGGCGGUCCCUCCCAGCGGCCCUCUUUCUGUUUCCGCAUCUGGUGACGACGAAACCGUCGAAAAUGAGAUCGCUAAAGUGGUCGGCGGUGAGCGCGGCGGCGGCAGUCGUUGCUCGGAAAAGAGAGAAUGCACCAUCAGCAAGGCGAGAGACUCGAGGUACAGCACGAGGUACACGGAUGUAAGCGAGCCGAUAUUCCCGGCGGAGCUGAUGCUCAAGACACCGCCUGCCGUGUCCAUCGUGGGAGACCGUGUCACAUGGCACUGUCCGACGUCCCUGUCAGAGCUGCUUCGGCUCAAGGCGGCGAACCCCAAGGCCAGGAUCGUUGCUGGGAACACGGAGGUUGGCAUCGAGGUGAAGUUCAAAGGCAUGCACUACCCGGUGCUUAUCUCCCCCGCCCGCGUGCCCGAGCUACACGCCAUCACGCGAGGGAGUUCAGAUGACGGAGGCGUCUCUAUCGGCGGGGCCGCUUCCCUGUCUUCCGUGGAGCACGCUCUCGCCGAGAUUGACGGUAAGAAGGGAGCAGGAGGCGGGAACGGAGGGGCAGCCGGCGCGUGCGUUGACAUGUUGAGGUGGUUCGCUUCGACGCAGAUCAGGAACGUGGCUUGUCUGGCGGGAAAUCUCGCGACCGCCAGCCCGAUCUCGGACAUGAACCCGCUCCUUGCCGCGUGCGGUGCGGACGUCGUCCUCAACUCGAUAAGGGGCGGGGAGCGCCGCAUCAAGGUCCGCGAUUUCUUUCUUGGGUACCGCAAGGUUGCGAUGGAGGAGGAUGAAGUCAUUGUGGCUGUGUUUCUCCCCAACGCCGUUUCAGAGAAAGGCAAUGAUAGCCAAUCGUCGCCCCCGUCGACGUUCGAGUUCAUUCGACCGUUCAAACAGGCUCGUAGGCGAGAGGACGACAUUUCCAUCGUUACCGGCGGCAUACGUCUGGUGCUAGAGACACGAGGAGGCAAGUGGGUCGUGAAGGAGGCGUCCAUGUGUUUCGGGGGGAUGGCACCGACGACCGUUGCUGCCCCCCUCACCGAGGCCUACCUUGUGGGCAAGGAGUGGUCGGCGGAGACCAUGGGUGGAGCGUACGAGCUGCUAGCGAAGGACAUGCCCCUUUCCUCCAGCGUACCAGGUGGACAGUGCGAGUACCGACGGGCCUUACCGCCGUCCUUCCUGUUCAAGUUCUUCAUCGAGGUUUCCCUUCGACUUGAGGCAUUAUCGCUGGAAUCCGACGGACAGCUUCCUCCGCCACCGGUCAUUGGAGACGCCGACAGGUCUGCGGCAACGAACUUCGUCACCGCGCCAAAGCCCCCGAGCAGGGGACAGCAGGAGUACACACCUCGGACGGGGGGAAUGCAGAGGGCACGCCCACAGCCUCACACACCCGUUGUUCGCGACGAAGAAGCCACGGGCAGGACCGAAAACACCAAAACGAAGAAGGUCGCACUGGAGGGGGGUGUUGGAGACCCCGUCCCACACAAAUCAGCGGAUCUUCAGGUGACGGGAGAGGCUGUCUACACAGACGACAUGCCGUCCCCUGUGGGUACCCUCUUCGUCGGCCUGGUUCUCUCCACGAAACCCCACGCCAAGCUACUGGAGGUCGACCCCUCCCCGGCCCUGGAGGUGGAAGGCGUUUUGCGGUUCGUGGGUGCCGGGGACGUUACCCCGGAGCGGAACGGCAUCGGUGCCGUGGUGGUGGACGAACAAGUGUUCGCCGUUGACGAGGUUCACUGCGUGGGGCAGGUUAUCGGAGCCGUGUUAGCGGAAAGUGCUGCACUCGCGGAGAGGGCGGCGAAGCUCGUGACGGUUCGAUACGAGGAGCUUCCGUCCAUAAUGACUAUUGAGGAUGCCAUCGCCGCCGAAAGGCAACUACUACAGCGAUAGGCAUGCCAUUGUGGAUGGUGACGUCGAC